GAGUAGCUUUCGGAAUCCGGAUAUGAUGAAAAUGUUUUAGUCCAAACUUUUUUCAAGCUUACCAGCAGAAUGUCGAUGACAUUAGGAGUAAUAUUUCAACUUUUCCCGCGCGAAUAGCGCGAUAAACGGAAUCAUUGGAAACGUAUUGAUAACUUUGGAGAUAUUUGAAUUUACAACUCGUGCGGAAUUUUCCAACGAGAAGGCGUUUCACUAUGGAGGAGGGAUGGGAAUAAGUCAAACUUGAGACAGGGAGUUGUCAUGUUUGUAAGGAUUGAGGACUAAGGAGGAAAAGGAGGCUCAUCUUUAUCUGUCGUGUAUCACUCCAAGAGGACUGUCUCAUGUCCACUGAGACCGUCUUACCUCUGGAAGGGCCUGCUGGGCCAGGGAAGAACCUUCAACAGGAGACAAGUCCUCUUCUCCCAAACUCUCACGAUGCUUGUGGCAGUAACGAAUCAUCUGAAACUACAAACCCAUCCAGAACAUCGUGUCCCAGAGGCACGUCCACUGAAGUACAAAGUCACGUGACGGGGGAAAACCCUACCUAUUGUGACCCUGUUCGAACUCAACCUCAGCCGCUGCCCCAGCCAACCACCUCUGCGCAGGGAGAGCCCAACGAGGGAGAAGAUGCUGCUUCUGACAAGAGUCAAAAUGGCCACCAAUCCUCCACCGGCCUAAAUAACGGCAAUGGAAUCCGUCGGCAAUGUUCCUGUGGGGCGGAGCCGCACAGGAAGCAGCACCCAUCGCCCGGCGUCUCCCAGAAGAUGCAGAGCCAGCUUCGUUCCAGCCUGUCGGUCAACAGCGACAGCAGCAGACGGAGUAAGGGAAGCUCCACCGGAUCUCACAAGCCUGGGACGUUACCAGAGGACUGCUGUGUCCACUGCAUCCUGGCCUGUCUGUUCUGUGAGUUCCUGACCCUGUGCAACAUGGUGGUGGCCCAGGCUAGCUGUGGCACCUGCACCUCGGAGGCCUGCUGCUGCUGCUGCUGCGCUGAGGACAUGGGAGACGACUGCAACUGCCCCUGCGACGACAUGGACUGUGGCAUCAUGGACGCCUGCUGCGAGUCCUCCGACUGCCUGGAGAUCUGCAUGGAGUGCUGCGGCAUCUGCUUCCCCACAUAGGAAGGACCGGGAUGGGAUUGGGAAUGUUGGCCGUAGUGCUACCGCUACCUGUAAUUUACGCUCCAGCAGAGAGGGAGGGAGAGAGGAAAAGUGUGUGUGGGCUAAUUGGGUGUGUGUGUUAGCAUAUGUGCAUGUGUACAAGUGCGUGCCUUCGAUAUAAGCCCACACAGAGAGAUCUAUUAAUCUACACUGGGCCUCUGCCAACAUGGCCAAGCAGGGGCCAAAAAUUGUUUUAUAAAUGCUUUUGUUACGUACCACAAGUAUAAACAUGCUAUAUGAAAAAAAAUGUAACUUACCAAAGUAUGUUUAAUGUUGACAUAUGUUAAUCAGCUCUUUAAAAAGUAUUACCUUAGAUGCCUUAUUGGAUAGGAAGAUCAUCUCUAUAUCAUUUCAGGAAUACUGUCCGACUGACAUCUUUGCCUUGAAAGUUUUCUUCUUUUUCACUACCAAAAUGUCAAUUCCUGACACUAAAACCAAAGGAAUAUAUGUUUUACCUUGAUAUUUAGCAGCCUUUUAGUGUGUUUAGUUAAUACUGUAUCACUGUAAUAACUUUGAUGUUUUUGGGAUGUGUUUUUCCUACUCAUAUUAAUACACCUUCAAUUAGAGGUAUAAGAACUACGAGACACACAUUCAUGAACAAUGUGUAACAACAGAACAGCCGUAGUUAUAUUCCAUAUCUACUGUAGUUUGCAAAACGAUACGUAUUGAAAAGCUUUGUGUAAAGAAAGUUUGAAGAUCAGCACUAAAUCGGGUAGAUUAGUGUAUACCUUUUCUGUUAACAAUGUAUUUAAUCCAGAUAUCAGUUUUUGUUCUGUAACAUUUAAAUGAUGUAAAUAAUGUAUGUGCUUUGUAGGGCACAUUUUAGUUGUCUUUUGGAUUCAAGUGUGCUUGAGUUACUUACAAAACUGCACAAAUGGAGCUCCAUUAUGUAUAACCAAUGCUAAUCUCGGACACCCACAACUAAAAUCUCUGUUGCUUGUUGUCGCAUCCCAGAGUCUUUUGGCAGACGUUACGAAACCAUUUCUGUUACGUAGUCUGUCCACGAGAGACUUCUGCUAACACCAAAAUAUCUACCUGUAUCAACAAAUCUCUUUGAGAAGGAUUGAUGGAUGGCAGGCAGGGUUACAGGCACUCCAGAUAUGAGUAGUAUUAUUCUUGUCUGAUUGUUGGCCUGAUAUAACUAAUGAUUAAUGCACAUUUGAGUUAUACUGUAGCGUGUGCCCUCACGCAAUGUUAAAGCCAUAUUGUUGGAAAUAAUGGUUUUAGUCGAUCCUGAAGACUCUCACCGUGGUUUUCACCUGUCAGUCUUUCAAGCCGUGAAUUUACUGGAUAUACAUUGGAAAUACUGGCUUUCUGGAAUAUACAAGGGAUAAGACAUUUUUCCGACUGGUGAAUUGCACAACAUUUUAUCAUCGUCAUAGCAUUUUGUUCCAUACAAUCAUUGUUUUAUAUUGUUGUCAAUCAAUUAUUUGCUCAGUCUUACACUCCACUUUGAUUACAUACUGUACGGUACGACUGUUAGUUCUGUGAUGUUAUUUAGCAUGUAUUUGGGAUACUGCCUCAGUAUUGCUUGUUAAAAUGCACUCUUUAGAAACCGAAAGUGAUAAGGAAUUAAAACAUGGCUGACCCUGUUUGCCAUAAGCGGCUUUUGGAUUAUACAAGUGAAUGACUCGCAACACAAUAAGGAAAUAUCUGGACUGUCAGAUUCAGAGGAGAAGAGAAUCCUAAACUAAUGCACAACAUUUUUUUUCAGCAGAUUUUUUUCUCAUCUUAAUUCUGUGUAUCAAGUUGAGUUUGGUGAAUCACUUUCUCAGUCUCAAAGAUUUGCUUUGAUGUUGUUUUAGUGAUACUUAACACAGGGACUCAUUAGUGUGUUGCUUUUCUAAAUGGUAAUGUUCCUUCACUUCACACCAUCAAAGAUAAUGGGCUGUCAAAUCUUAGGCCUGCUUCUCUAAUGGUGGAUUGUCAUUAUGUUUAAAGGAGUUGGAAGGACACCUCCGCAGCAGAUAGUGUUCCGUCGCACUCUGUAUGAAACUAAGCCGCAGACCUCUUAACAUUCGUAUGAUUAACUAACACGGUCUUUCUCUGGAUAUUUUCUUCUGGAUAUACAGGCCUAUGAACAGGAACAACACUAUAGAUAAUGUGAAGACAUAGUAUUUACAUGUAUUUAUCUUUUUUUCUCUAACUGUAGUAUUUUUAUAUUCUGUCCACUAGUUGUGUAUAUGAUAUACUGUACCGUCUUCACCUUUUCCAUCUUCUAGAAUACCUCUUUUCACUGCAUUUAGCAUACAACACAGUUUGUACGUUGUUGUACAUUAAUUCAGAAUCAUGUCUGAAAUAAUAAAAAAUAUAAAAAUAA